AUGUCCUCCUACUACUUCACCAUCAUAGGCACCCGAGACAAUCCGCUAUACGAGCUUGAAUUCUCUUCAUUCAAAGCCCCGGCAUCUCUGAUUCCCGGAGAGUCCCAUUUCACAGCCAAAGUCAAAGAGCUUCUACCGUUUAUCGCCAACUCGUCUCUUGAUUUGGUGGAAGAUUCACAAUGGCUGACUCCAAACUUCAAUUUGGGACGCAUUGAUUCAUUUGGAGGUAUUUGGGUCAAUGCCUUCGUUACCCAGGGAAACGUCAAGUUCAUCCUCUGUUACGAUAAUCCAAACUCCAACAAUAGCUUGGACAACGGCAUUUCUUCAGGCGGAAGUACGAAGUAUGAUGAGAGUUCGAUGAAACACUUCUUCAAUGAUGCCUAUGAUCUAUACGUCAAAGCACUCCUCAAUCCUUUCUAUGGUGCUAAUGAUCCUCUAGUGUCACCCGACUUCGACUACAAAAUCAAAAUCGUUGCGAAAAAAUACUUAUAG